AUGUUGCUUUGAUCAGGACGUGAUAUUAAGAGAGGGAAAGAUAUAAUUCUCGGGCGGGUUGAUCGGUUUCUGAAACCAUUGGGCAGGAAAUGAGGGUACGAGUCCACACCUUCUGAUUGACCCUUAGAAUAGUCGAGCUUAUUUAAUUACGUCUACGGUCAAAGACUUUGCAUGCCAACUAAUGAAUAACCUUUUAUACCAAUUUAUUUUUUAUUCUUCUUCACAGAGAGAUUAAAAUGUCCUGAGUCUCUGCCCUCAAUUUUAUUUCCAAACUGUUCAUCCAAAUCCAUAGCUACCAUGAAAAUGAAAAUGGGUGAAGACUUUUCUGUGUUAGCUGUUCUAUUUUCUUUAUUGAUGGUCUUAUUGUUUACUGAAGUGACGGCAGGAAGAGUACUUGAAAAGGUUUGUUCUUCUUCAUGUGGAGAUUUGCAUAAUAUCAGCUACCCUUUUCGCCUAGAGGAUGAUCCAGCAGGCUGCGGUGAUGCUGACUACCAACUUUCUUGUGAGAACAACAAAACAAUCUUAGAGUUCAAUUCAGGAAAAUACUAUGUGAAGAACAUCUCUUACGAUAAAAACAUAGUUCGUGUGGUGGAUAUUAAUUUAGCCAAUGGUAGCUGCAAUCUUCCCUACAAAUCUCUACCCAUUGAUGAAAUCAAUACCGAUAUCCGCUACCAAGGCGAUGAUUUAUUUACGUUUCCUGUGUAUACAAGUUUUAUGAACUGCUCCAGAACUAUGAGUGAUCCAGAUUAUAUAAGAGUCCCUUGUUUCAGUGGGAAUGCAUCUCAUAUUUAUGCCAAGUUCGACAGCCAUAUGAUGUCGGAUCUUGGGGAGUCAUGUGAGUUUACAUCCAUGGUUCCAGCUAAAAGGCCUCCACAUGUGGAGCACCCUUCCUAUGGAGAUCUACUGAAAGUAUUGGCGUCGGGAUUCGAUCUUUCAUGGUCGAUUGAGGGCCGGAAUUGCCGUUUAUCCGGUGGCCGGUGCCAAUUUACUGGAUUCGACGCACCAUAUGCCUGCUUAUGUGAACGAAAUCGGCUAUCGGAACUUUGGAAAGAAAUUAAGGCAGUGCUUAAGCUGCUAUUCGUCUUCCUUUCCCUUCCUCUUUUAGUGUGGUUUUCUAUAAUUCGAGUUAUCGCUCCUCCGAUCAUUAUACUGGUUUUCCUCAUCCGCAAAUUUAGAACAGCACGGAAGCCUGUCGACAGGGUGGAGAAAUUUCUACGGAGUCAGCAGUCGUUAAUGCCCAAAAGGUACUCUUACGCUGACAUUAUGGCAAUAACAAACCAUUUCAAAGAUAAAUUAGGGGAAGGUGGUUUUGGUUCAGUGUAUAGAGGACAGCUUCCUGGUGGUUGCUUCAUUGCUGUUAAAAUGCUUGGGAAGCACAAUUUUAAUGGGGAAGAGUUCAUCAAUGAAGUCUCAACAAUCGGCAGGAUUCACCAUGUCAAUGUGGUAAGGCUACUGGGAUUUUGCUCUGAAGGGUCUAAACGAGCUCUGGUCUAUGAAUAUAUGCCUAAUGGGUCACUUGAUAAGCAUAUAUUCUUGAAAAAAGGAAAGGUUCAGCCAUUUAGCUGGGAGAAACUCCAUGAGAUUGCUUUAGGAACGGCCCGGGGGAUAGAGUAUCUACAUGGGGGAUGUGACAUUUGCAUACUUCAUUUCGAUAUUAAGCCUCACAAUAUCCUGCUAGACCACGAUUUUGUCCCCAAAAUAUCAGACUUUGGCCUUGCAAAAUUUUACCCAAAGGAAUAUGAUGUCAUGUCCAUUAGUACAACAAGAGGCACCAUAGGGUACAUAGCUCCUGAAUUGAUUUCACGGAAUUUUGGAGUUGUGUCCAACAAAUCAGAUGUUUAUAGUUUUGGGAUGUUGCUGUUAGAGAUGGCUGGAGGGAGAAAAAAUGUUGAUGCCAAGGCAGGGAGGUCGAGCAAAGUUUACUUCCCAUCUUGGGUUUAUGACCAUCUUAGUGAGGGAGGAGAUUUAGAGCUCGAGAAUAUUUCAGAAAUUGAGGUUGAGAUAGCAAGAAAGUUAUGUAUAGUUGGGCUCUGUUGCAUUCAAAUGAAGCCAUCAGAUCGACCUUCGAUGACCAAAGUGGUAGAAAUGUUAGAAGGGAACAUCAGUGACCUUCAAAUGCCUCCUAAACCUUGCUUUUCUUCUCCUCUACGAAUGUCUAUGAGAGAGCCUCAUUCGGACUCUUCGGCAGAGUUGCUCAUAACCGAGUCAAUAGAGUGAAGCUUGUACAAUAAUUGUUAAAUUUUAUGUGUAAUGACUAUUAAUUUCCUUCUACUCAUCCCAGAGAGCUUUGCAAGCUCCAGAUAUGCAGAUUGUUGUAAUUAGCAAAGCUUGAUGUAUGCUCCUUUACUUUCCUGUGGCAUUAAUAAAUUGUUCAAUCAGCACCUUCCAGUGUUGGAUUGUGAAGUUUGAAGAAGUUUUGGUGUGCUA